CUAAAUUGCUUCGCCGUCACAGAAAAACUCUUCAACAACCAAAAAAGCGUGGCUCUGAAGUUUUGAGAGGUAUAUAGUAAUUUGUUGGAGGGAGAGAUGGGUGCGUAGGUUAAGCAGGGAUACACCCUGGCAGGCAGCGCAAAAUAGCGUCAACCACUCCUUUUCUCUGUGAUGCUCGGUGUACUGUGCGCGCGUCCCAAGCCUUGGAUCCUAAGUUCACUGUCGUAUUCCUCGUCAUUCGUCCACGGCUCCGCGGCUCACCAUCACUGCCGGCCUGAGCAGAGCCCGAUAAACUUCGUCGGAUUCGACUGCGAGCGGCGGCGCCACUCCAGCUCGUGUCGGAUUGGCGGCGGAGGUGGUGGCGCGGCGUCGAUAUGGCACGCGAUCAUGCCGUGCGGGGUGGCGGGAGGGCUCCGGAGCGAUCUAAGGCUCCGGCGUGAGCGGAGAGGGGAGGGCUCGUGGAACGUCGCGUGGGACGCACGCCCGGCGCGCUGGCUCCAUCGGACCGACUCGGUUUGGCUUCUCUUCGGCGUGUGCGCGUGCCUAGCGCCGCUCGACUUGGCGCCCGUUGAGAGUCCCGAGGCGGUCGCUGUGGACGGGAAAAUCGACGGCUGCGAUUUCAUCGGUCCGAAAGCUGAUGCGAACGUUGUAAUUGACGACGGCGAUGUAGUCUAUCCGAACACCGAGAAGGAUAAUGAAGGCUCUGCUGAUUACAGGGUCACAGGGGUGCUUGCUGAUGGUCGAUGCCUGUUUAGAGCAAUAGCACAUGGGGCUUGCUUGAGGAGUGGGGAAGAAGCUCCUGACGAGAAUCGUCAGAGGGAACUCGCUGAUGAAUUAAGAGCUCAAGUUGUUGAUGAGCUUUUAAGGAGGCGGAAGGAAACAGAAUGGUUCAUCGAAGGAGAUUUUGAUGCUUAUGUGAAGAGACUCCAACAGCCUUAUGUAUGGGGUGGAGAGCCUGAGUUGCUGAUGGCUUCCCAUGUUUUGAAGACGCCAAUAUCGGUCUUCAUGAUAAGUAGAAGCUCGGGUGGUUUGGUAAACAUAGCAAAGUAUGGCGAAGAGUAUCGGAAGGAUGAGGAGAGUCCCAUUAAUGUGCUGUUUCAUGGGUAUGGUCACUAUGACCUACUGGAGUCUUUCUCAGAAGAAAGUUGCCAGAAAUAAAGAUAGGAAGUUGGGUAUGCUUUUUAGGUAUUCUACUUGCCUGAAUCAAAUAAAUCUAAACAAUCUUAGGAAGAGCUUACUUUUUCUUGGAUGAGUGUUUCAGCCAAUCAAAUUACUGCCUCAAGUUCAAUAGUUUGCUCCAGUUAUCUCAAUUUAUGCAUUAGGCAGUUCAAUUUUGUAGGUUCUACUGUUAUUAUUUUCGCACGAGAUCUCAAACUUCAAUAUACACAUCAAAUCGGUGAUAUUAGUUUCUGGGCGUUCAGUUA